AUGGAAUUAGGCAAGCCAAAAGUCAUCAUAAUAAAAUACAAUCACCUGAUUCAUGACCACGCGUAUUCACUCAGUGCUCACCCGGAACAACGGCUUGUGAAAAUGCACGACUAUGAGGACAUACCGUUGACACUGUUGCAUGGAUCAGCAGCUCCAACAUCCAGUGAACGUGGACAUUCAAGGCAUCAUCAUGUAAUGCCGCAUGCAAUAGCCGAAGAUCCACAGGAACGGGAAGAGGCACAGGAAACGGAGCCAAAUACAACGGAGGAUGUGGUGGAGCUCAGUAGCUCUGGCGUAACAUUUAGUGCACCACCGCAGCCUUCUUCGGACAACUCGCGGCAAAUGAUACGGCGACGAAGCACAACGUCUGAAGGCGCAAGUAACGGGCCUAGCCUAUUGACUCGCAAAAAUCCGAAUCGGAUGGCUGGGCAUUUUGUUGAGAGCGCCGUUUCACGACUUCUAACUUUCACUGUUCAGAAGUCGGAUUGUCCAAAUGCAACGCUUGAAUAA